AUGAAGAAAGCUGAAAAAGGAGAGGAAGAUGAAGCAAUUUACUUACCUCAUCAUGCUGUCGUAAGAAAGGAUAAAGACACUACAAAGGUAAGAGUUGUUUUUGACGCUUCAGCCAAGGGUUCCAAUGGCCUCUCCUUAAACGACGUCAUGAUGAUUGGCCCCACUUUACAACCUGAUCUUCGUGCUCUUAUCACUCGCUGGAGGUCUCACAAAAUAUGUGUUGUCGGCGAUAUAUUCAAAAUGUAUCGUCAAGUAAGGAUGACUAGCAAACACACAAAUUUACAACGUAUUGUUUGGCGAGAUGAUAUUUCUGGAAACAUAGAAAGUUAUAAAUUACUUACCGUAACGUUUGGAACCGCUGCAGCACCAUACCUUGCUGUACGGUCUAUACACCAGCUGGCUGAUGAUGAAUGUGACAGGUACCCUCGAGGAUCUGCUGUCGUUAAGAAUUCGUUCUACAUGGACGAUUUAAUGACCGGACAUGAAGAUCUGUCGGAAAUAAAACAAAUUUGCGAUGAAGUUAAGAAUCUGUUAAAAAAAGGUGGCUUUCAAAUGCAGAAGUGGUCUAGCAAUUCUGAUGAGUUGCUGCGGUUUCUUCAAGAUGACAAAGACAUUUCGAAAACUAUGGACAGCAUAGAAAUAAAAUUAGAUACGGUGAUAAAAAUACUUGGUCUUACAUGGGACAGAAAAAGGGAUACGUUCAAGGUUACAGUCAACUUACCGGAAACCAGGAAACCUGUAACAAAACGGUUAAUAUUAUCAGAUGUGGCCAGGCUUUUUGAUCCAUUUGGCUGGCUCUCUCCAGUGAUUAUCACUGCUAAGAUUAUGAUACAGAGACUGUGGUUAAGUAAUCUUGGCUGGGAUGAUGAACUACCUUCUGAGCUAGUAGAGGAAUGGCUUAGUUACAGAGAGGCACUUCAAGAGCUGCAAGGCAUUGAAAUCCCACGCUGGAUUAAAACGACGUCACGUUGUAAAGAAGUGCAAUUGCAUGGAUUCGCAGAUGCUUCUUCCGUUGCGUACGCAGCAGUGGUCUAUAUCAAGGUUUUAGAUGAAGAUGAUAGGGUCCACGUCACAAUGGUGGCAUCCAAAACCAAGGUGGCACCAUUGAAACAAUUGACGAUUCCGAAAUUAUAA